UGAAAAAAAUUUUGUAUAAAACACAGAAAUAUCUUAAAUUAUAAGUAAUUAUUUUUUUUGUAAGAAAAAAGCAAAUCAUACAAAAAUUGCAUAUACAAAAUACACUAAAAUAUGGAUUACUGUUAUCCUGAAGAUUGUAGCGAAUUCGCUGUAACUCCGAUGUUAACUGCUCCUUGUUAUCAAACGAAAUCUGAAGAACUACCGCUAUGUUAUGCUUGUAUGCCAGAAUGCCCUAAAGGUCGGUUCGUAUACUGUUCCGAGAAAAGACUUCCGAAAACUCCGCCAAGAACUCCGAAUCGUUAUUCAAAAAAGCAAAAAGAUUGCGAUGAUCUUAAUAGUCGAUCGUAUCAUGGUCACGAUAGUUCUUAUCGACGUAGAAAUUUGUCGCCGUGUGCUCCACAAAGUUAUUGUCCCACCUGUUGUCAAUCAACGUGCAAACCUAUCAAAACUAAAUACGUUAUACCGUGUUAUCGUUAUGAGGAUGGUCGAAUUGAACGAUACGUUCCAACACGAUACGGUAGGCUACCAAUGUCCGCGUACCGGCGAAAUGGGAUGCAGGACCAAAUUCAUGGUUAUAGAGGAGCAAUUCGAUAUUUAUGUACUGGGUCAGGUCAUGACGUGCCAUGUGUAUAUACUGCAGUGGAACCCUUAUGUAGAGUAUAUCCCAAAAUUACUCAGGAAAUGUAUCCUGUUAAAAAGAAAAAUAAAAAGUGAAGAGAUUUACCCAUAUAUUGCAUUAUUCAGUGAAAUAAUUAGUAUAACUUUUUUGUUGAAAUACAAAAUAAAUUCACCAGGCUAAUCCACUACCAUCAUCUGCGUUAAAACGGAAUGGACUUCAAGAUCAAAAAUUCUCAGAGAGUGGUAGUGGUAUAUCAUAUAUUCGUAAAUGUUGGCACAA